GGUAUUUCAAUGUAUGCAUUUUGUUCUCACUCACCAUAGUACCGCUCAAACGUAACAUAACAGGAGGACAAUGAUGAUUUUAUUGGACACAGGCUAGUAACAGAUAAUGAUGAGGAUGUCGUGAUGGAUAGUGACGCUGAGGAUAACCUGGAUGUAUAUCCAGACAUAAGUCUUCCGAGGCCUGAGCUGAACCACAACUUGGACCAGGAAGAUGACAAGGAUGACAUGAGUAUGGGUGGGCUUGAGUCUUUCAACGACACCACACAAAAUCUCCCGCCUACAACUGAUUCAUCACAUAACUCUCAAAAUCCUCCACCAUCACCUGAUCCAUCACAUAACUCUGAUAGAGUUUAUCACCACGGAAUUGACAUUGACAUUGAUGUGCUCGCAGAAACAGCUCGUCUAAAGGAUAUACAAAUUGCCAUUCAAUUUAUUCAGGCAUUGAAAAAUGCCACACUCAAUACAAGGACAUGCUCCACCGCCUGCAGCAUCCUCCCCAAGCCUCACUUGAUAUUGAUGAUCCCAACGUCCUCUUGUCUAUAGAAACAUUCAUGGCACUCAGUAACUCAUCUCAAGAGACUUACCAUUUGAUACGCAAGGCCAU